ACAGCAUGCAUGCCUUCAUGCAAGCUGAUGAAUUAAAUUUUAAACCCUCACGAGUAACCGAGACAGAAUUUCUCCUUACAAUAUCAAUACAAAAUCAGGCAGACGAGAGAAGAGAGCAAAGAUAUAUUUUAACUAGGGGAUUUUUAUUUGAUCCAAUACCAAGUUCUCUGAACUUAAGUCGUAAGAACUGUUUGGCGAAGGUAUGGAGAAAUGCUAAUGAGAUCUUGGGAGUGAAACUGGUUGAAGCUGAAGUCUUGGUGAGAUUUACCGAAGGUCUUUAGCGCUAAUUUCCCUCGCUAGGGUCGGCCCUUCUAGUGGUCACAUUAUGAGAGUGAUAGAAAUAUGGCUAAUAUAAAGAUCAUUUUGUAGAAAACCUCUUUCGUUUUCAGACUUCAAGUAACAAUUUUUUUUUCUGUUAAUUCUGUUUGGCAUACCGGUAUACUUCGACAAUAUUAUAGUUUGUCGGUGAAAAUAAUAUUACACUUCGUGUUCCUUACACAAAUCGUAGAUAAUCUUUCUGGCCAGGCUGCUAAGUCAGUUAAAAAGAACACGAGGUAAGAAUUUUCAGGAGAAAUUCCUCUUUUCGGUAAAUUUUAACGGCUGAAUCAACGAUGUAUGAAUCUGAAGGAUUAUAUGAGGGAGAGGGUGGCGCGCCAGAUGGAGAAUUUUAUGGAGGAGGAGAGUAUGAGCCUCCCAUACAUGAUAAAGGAGGUAUAGAUCCUCAGUCCUAUUCUCAUAUACCAGAGGAAAUACGAAGAUUUAUUCACUUCUUCCAUCAGCAU